AAUGUAGAAUCAGUCAGUUCAAACUCGUCACAAAGCAAAGCUUUUUGCAGAUAAACUCAAGAAAAAAGUAAAACCGUCAGUCGUCAAUCGUUAGUUCAUUCUCUUACGAGUACCAGGAGGAGAAGCUAAUUCCAAGUUACCGGCCGGCUGGAUUCCUUCCCCUUAAGAGAACUUUGACAAAAUUAGCGAACAUCUUAAGGUUUCUCCAGAGUCUGAACAGUCGCCUUUCCUCGUGUUAUCGUGAAUUUUCCGCAAUUCGUGUUCGCGACAAUGACGUUACUAUAUACGAUAUUCGCGCGAAACCUAAGGACGUCGUUAAAGCACCUUGCCCACACCAAUGUUAGAAGCUGUUCUACGACAAUACACAGAAGUCCUUAUCCUGAUAUCGAAAUUCCCAAUCAGACUACAACGCAGUUUAUUUGGUCUCAAUCGGCGAAGUGGGACGAUCUCCCGGCUGUGACAUGUGGUGUUUCUGGAAGAUCGUACACUUACGGCGUGAUGAAGAUGCUCUCCUCUCGUGGUGCUAAAGCCCUUUUGGAGAAAGUCAAAUUAAAACCGGGAAAUAGAGUAGGACUUAUCCUACCAAACCUACCGGAAUAUCCAGUUGUGGUGUACGCUGCCAUGAAAGCUGGACUGGUUGUAACUUUUGCUAAUCCUCUAUCCACAACUGAGGAGAUAACGAGACAAUUUAGAAAUGCUGAGGUUCAAUGUAUCAUGACGAUACCCAUGCUACUGGAAGCUGCAUUAACAGUCGCGAGGGCUCUCCCAAAUUACGCGGCAACUAUCAAUAUCGGAGGAGAAACAGAUCUCGAGAAAAAUGUUUUAGGUAUGCAAACAAUCUUCACUGAAGAAUUUCAGGUUGAACUGCCAGAAGUCAAGAGUACGGAUAUUGCGAUCCUGCCGUACAGCUCUGGCACGACAGGUUUACCCAAGGGCGUCAUGUUGUCCCAUCGAAAUCUUGUGGCAAAUUUGAUUCAAUGCUCUUAUUCAGCUCUCACCAACGUAAAGCAUCCUACUCCGUGUUCUCAGGAAACUGUUCUCUCUGUAUUGCCAUUCUUUCACAUAUAUGGUUUCAAUGGGAUCCUCAACUUCCUAAUGUGUCACGGAGUGCACAUUGUGACAUUACCACGAUUUACGCCAGAAGAUUACUUACGCUGUCUAGCAGAAUACAAGCCGACCACGAUAUUUGUGGUACCGUCUCUGCUACUCUUUUUAGCAACGCAUGCAGAAGUUACUGCCAAAGAUUUGUCCAGCAUAAGGAGGGUAAUUUGCGGGGCUGCACCAGCUACUAAGAAUCUCAUUGACAAGUUUAAACAGAAAUUGAAUCACGCUGACUGCACAGUCGAGCAAGGAUACGGAAUGACCGAGACAAGCCCUGUCGUGCUGUAUACACCACAAGAAACGCCAGUAUCCAAGAUGGGAACGUGCGGUAGACUCCUGCCCUCGACAGAGGCACGUUUAAUAAGUUUGAUUGAUGGCAGCGAUAUCACUCUACCACAUAACCCCGGCGAGCUUUUGAUCAGAGGACCUCAAUUAAUGCAAGGUUACUUAAACGACAGAUCAUCGACAGAGAAUUCUAUUGAUGUUCACGGAUGGCUUCAUACAGGCGAUGUAACCUAUUAUGACGAAGACGGUUAUUUCUUUAUUGUAGAUAGGACGAAGGAGCUCAUCAAAGUUAAGGGUAAUCAGGUAUCUCCCACGGAAUUGGAAGGAAUCAUCUUGGAAGUAACGGGGGUAGCGGAUGUGGCCGUGAUCGGUGUACCCGAUACAAUGGCUGGAGAACUACCGAAAGCAUUUAUUGUUAAACAUCCCGGUGCAAUCGUGACGCCGGAAAUUAUAAAUGAUUACAUUACACCUAAGGUUGCACCAUACAAAAAACUCGCUGGAGGAAUAACAUUCAUUGAAGCAAUUCCCAGAAAUCCCUCCGGAAAGGUGUUGAGGAAUCAACUAAAAGUUUUCGGAAAGUAAAUUAUGCAAUUUAUUAAAAGUAUUGUUGCGGUACCCAAUGGAAAACUGACACGAUUGCUUUCGUGUAACUUUGAAUUAAAAAAGGAAAUCGGAGAAGUUUCGUGGAAAGGAAGAGAGGAAGAAACCAAACAUUUGGUGGUUUAUUGGAUCUUCAACAAACCUAGGAAAUGAAUUUGAAAAAACAGACGCAACAAUACAUAAAGUAUGAGGGGAGCAUGAAGGGACAUCCACUGAGAUUCAUUUCGAUAUAUAUUUCAUGGCUUUCAACUUUGAUUAGACCAUUCGAUAAAAUUACGUGAUUCAUACAUAUAGAAACAAUUACAAUAGUAGAUUUAUUUAAUAUUAAUAUAUUUAAUAGUAUGUUGUAAUAAUAAUAAUAAUAAUUCAGGUAAUUAUGUUAUUAACGAAA